AUGAACCGGCUUUAUGAAUUGGCUGACGAAUUCAGGAGAUCCCUGAAAGCCCACCAUGAAGAAGAAUUCGAAAAUACGACUAUUGGAGAUAUGCGAAAGGAGAUACAUGAUAUUCAAUUGUUGCGAGACAAAACCAACAACAUGAUGGAUAUGAAUCGACUGCGGAUGUUUCUUGGCGGUAUGGAAGAACUCGAGAAAGUCCUCUUGCGCCUUGAGUUUCCUGGCACGACAGGUGUAAUGUCAAUCGUUUGGGGCUCCGUGAGGUUCUUACUCAGGGUAAUCAUUGGCCUCUGGUUCAUGCACGGGACUCAGCUAAAGGCUUACAGACGAUUCCAUUCCAUAGCAUAUAGGCUUUUCUCACUUACAACGAAGCGUUCACACGCUAAGUUUAUCAAAGAACACAGUCCUUCUACACAAGACUAUGAUGCCCUUCAUGCGGCCUUCCAGCAGUACUCAUAUAACCUCAAAUCAGACUGGAAGAACUUUGAGGCCGAGGAAAAGGCUCGGAGGCUUGGAAGAAAGUACGAAGUGUUUGAAUGGAUCACUUCUUCUCCGAAGAUGCCAAGGUUACAAGAUAAGUUCCGUGAUAUGGUGAUCUGUCCUAAGAGCGGUCGUUGGCUUUUCCGAAACUACAGCGAUAUUUCGGAGUGGAUGGGCGAGGAAGACCCUCCUCACUCAGCCAUAUGGUUGCACGGGAACGUCGGAUAUGGCAAAACGGUGCUUUCAUCACUAAUUGUCGAUGAACUGAAGUCUUCCAAACUCCAGAAUACGUUGCCCUCAUUUCCAGAAGGCAGUAAGACAUGUUACUUUUACUGCCAGGAAGACGAUAUCGAACUCAGAAAUCAUCUUGAUAUUCUCAAAGGUAUACUCCUGCAGAUGGUAGAGGCCGAGGAUUAUAUGAUCCCACUUUGCUACCAGGAAAAGGUCACAAGUGGAGGCUCCAACCUCAUAGAUGUGAAGCUGGCUCAGAAGCUCAUCAAGGCUUUUAUCGAGUUCUCUGUAAGACAAUACAUCGUGAUAGACGGGGUGGACGAAUGCGACGGGGCUGAAAUCCAACAAACUGCCGAGUUCUUCAAGGACCUAGUGUCGACAUAUGAUACGCAAAUCAGAUUGGGGCACUUGAGAGUCCUUUUCAUCGGCCGAGAAACGUCUGAUACCAAGAAGCAUAUACCUGGAGACGAUUGCAUCAGCAUAGCACUUAGGCCCGAGGACAACCAUGACGACAUCAGAGUUUUUGUGCAGAAGAAACUUCCAGAAUUCUCGAAGUCAAGUCACGGUAUUGGUUUCAGUCUUUCUGAAGCUGAUAAGUUGGAUGUUGAGCGGAUAAUUUGCCAUCAAAGUCAAGACUCAUUUCUUUACGCAUAUCUAGCCGUUGAGUUCCUUUUACAGCAAGAUACCAAAGGUGGCUUGCUAACCUUGCUUAGACAAGGGAUACUACCAACCAAGCUUGGAAACAUGUACGAAAGACUGCUCGACUCGGUCAAGAAUAGUCUCAUGAUACUUCCAGGAGGUACUGAAAGAUGGGAGAGAUCAAAGCUACUUUUUGGCUGGCUCAUAUGUGCCAAGAGACCACUCAAAUGGCACGAGAUGCAAGCAAUAUUAUGCUUCGACCCAGAUAAACUCAGGAUUGACUUUGAAAAUGACAUGCUACGACAAGAUAUGGAGAGAUAUCUCGGCUCCAUCGUUCAUGUCCUUGACGGAGGUCAUAUCCGACUUAUUCAUUCAACUGCACGCAGAUAUAUCAUAGAAAGCAAGCAUAUCAGUGAGAAGCAGGUUCAGUGCCAGCUGGCUACUAUAUGCCUGAGAUACCUGACCCUCCCAUGCUUCACCGGGGGAUCCAACUACCUGGCUCGCCAAAGAAGCGUCGAUGCGAAACUAGGCUGGUUUUCUUUUCAAGAUUAUGCGUGCUCUCAGUGGCUUUACCAUGUCGAUACUUUGAUCAGGGAGUGCAGUGACGUCUUCACGACCGAGACUUUUCCAGACGUUGCAUCGGACUUCGCUUCUGCUUUGAAGCAUUUCGUCAAUACUCAUCGGGCGGGUCUAACUAGCCCCAGGCACGCUGAUUUGGUUGAAAGCCACAUGGUCACAUUCAUUGACUUGGAACUCUAUCAAGACCUUCAUUUGCUGUGGAAUCAUAUAUACACUCACCAGCGCGGUGAUUACGCAACACGAAACACUGUUGCCCUUAGGCAAAUCGAGAACGGACUAAAGGAUAAUAGAACGGAAUUGGAAAGGUUCGUUCCGAGCCUUAGAUCCGGUGACGAGGAUACCGUCGGGGAUUAUUAUGGCUCGAAACUCUUCAAGUGCAACCGUACACUCUGUCGUUUCUUCUACGUCGGCUAUGUCAACAAGAGCGACCGAGAUGAUCAUGGAAGACGACAUGAGAGACCUUUCCAAUGCCCUGUGUCUUGCAACGCUGCUCCUCUUGGUUUCGUGAGCAACAAAGAUAGGGACCGACAUAUCAACAUCUACCAUCCGGAACUCAGCGAAGGACCACCCAUAUUUGAGACUUUAAGCCGCCGCCAGGUCUCUGGAGGGUUCGUUUGCCAGAUCUGUAAAAAGACUUUCACUAGAAACAUCAAUCUCAAAAGCCAUGAACGGAGUCACUUUGGGGACAGGCCUUUUGCUUGCACGACUUGUGGAAAGGCUUUUGCUAGGGUGAAUGACUGCCGAAGGCAUGAAAAGAUACACGCAAGGAGAGGAUAUUGA